AGGAAAUAAAUGUCCAACAGCAGCUCCAUCAUUGAGUUCCUCCUCCUGGCAUUCGCAGACACACGGGAGCUGCAGCUCUUGCACUUCUGGCUCUUCCUGGGCAUCUACCUGGCUGCCCUCCUGGGCAACGGCCUCAUCAUCACUGCCAUCGCCUGUGACCACCGUCUCCACACCCCCAUGUACUUCUUCCUCCUCAGCCUCGCUGUCACUGACCUGGGCUCCAUCUCCACCACUGUCCCCAAAACCAUGGCCAACUCCCUUUGGGACACCAGAGUCAUUUCCUAUGCAGGAUGUGUUUCCCAGGUCUUUCUUUUUCCUUUUCUGAUUUUAGCAGAGUUCUAUUUUCUCACCAUCAUGGCCUAUGACCGCUACGUUGCCAUCUGCAAACCUCUGCACUAUGAGACCCUCCUGGGCAGCAGAGCUUGUGUCCACAUGGCAGCAGCUGCCUGGGGCACUGGCUUUCUCACUGCUCUCCUGCACACAGUUACUACGUUUUCAAUACCCCUCUGCCAAGGAAACUCUGUGGACCAAUUCUUCUGUGAAAUCCCCCAGAUCCUCAAGCUCUCCCGCUCAGAGACAGAGUACCUCAAAGAAGUUGGGCUUCUUGUAGUCACUGUGUUUUUUUCUUUUAUUUGUUUUGUGUUCCUUGUGGUGUCCUAUGUGCAGAUCUUCAGGGCCGUGCUGAGGAUUCCCUCGGAGCAGGGACGCCACAAAGCCUUUUCCACCUGCCUCCCUCACCUGGCUGUGCUCUCCCUGUUUCUCAUCACUUCAGUGUUUUCCUACCUGAAGCCCCCCUCCAUCUCCUUCCCAUCCCUGGAUCUAGUGCUUGCAGUUCUGUACUCAGUGGUGCCUCCAGCAGUGAACCCCCUCAUCUACAGCAUGAGGAACCAGGAGCUCAAGGCUGCCCUCAGGAAACUGAUCAGAGGGUUUUUCAGCAGCCAUAGACUUUUUUCCUUCCUCUGUAAAUGA